CAGGGGGUGGGGCCAUGGGGGUGCCUGGGAAGUCGGAAGGGAGGCCAAGUUAGUGACGGAGGAGUGUGGGCGGGGCCAGAAAUCCGUCGGGAGGCGGAGUCAAAGUUGUCCCUUAGCCUGGGGCGGGGCCAAGGCGGUUUCCUGGCUGUCCGGGCCAGGCCCCUGGCGAUACCAGCGGGGUUGGAGCUGGGUUGGAGCUUGUCACUGAAACUCGAGGGGUGUCCCUAGGGAGUUUUGUUCUCGUUGCGGUGGGUAGAGUAUCUUCCUGGGGAGAUCAUACCAGGCCGAGGAAGCCUUGCCAGUGGGUACUGUGUCUGUUUUCAGAAUCUUUUGGAGUGAUGUGGGGGUAGCUUUCUCAGGAGGCGGGAGGCGGGUUGGGACAUCCCCGAGGGAGGCGUGGACUUAGAAUGUUCUCUGAGAUGAUGGAGCUCGAACUUUGAGUAGGGUUGGGGAUGUUUUCAAAGCUUACCCGGAAGAGCUAGAAUGUUCACCUGCAUGUGAGCAGUACCAGAAUGGGCAUGGGACAGUGGGUCUGGAUUUUUCUUUUGUAGGUUGUGCUGCUGGAGCUCUUUUUAGGUAGGGAACGUGGUCUAAAACUCUUACCACAAGAGGUAAGAGGCUACACUAGAAUCUUCCUUUGGAAGAGAGCAGUGUUGGGUGUUUCCUUGCGAUUGGGCAGGGCCGGAGCAUUCCUUAGGUGGGUUUGACUACAUGGGAAGUCCGCAAAAAUCAUGGAGGGGCAGAGUCUACAUUUUUGCAGGGCUGGGGCUACCCCUGGGAGAGGGAGUGAGAGGGAGAGGGAGAAUUCUGGUGAUGUAUGUUUUUUUUUUUUUUGGUGUAUGUGUGUCUAUGUGAGGAGCUCUCUAUAUGGAAGAGGAUGAAGCUGAUUAGGGGGCCAUUGGGCUUAGUCCUUUUGUCCCCUCUGCCCUUAGGAACCCUCAGUGCUGCAUCCAGAUUCUUAAGGGGUGGUUUGCUGGCACCUCAGCCCUACGCAGCCAUCAAAAUGGCAGCCACGCUGGAUUUGAAAUCAAAGGAGGAGAAGGAUGCCGAGUUGGACAAGAGGAUCGAGGCUCUUCGUCGGAAGAAUGAGGCUCUCAUCCGGCGCUACCAGGAGAUUGAAGAGGACCGCAAGAAAGCUGAACUCGAGGGAGUGGCUGUGACAGCUCCCAGAAAGGGCCGCAUGGUGGAGAAGGAGAACAUGGCAGUUGAGGAAAAGAGUCUAGGUCCUUCCCGCAGGUCUCCUGGGACCUCUCGGCCCUCAGGAGCCAGCAAGGGGGGCCGGACUCCCUCACAACAGAGUGGCCGGGCAGGCAUGGGCCGAACAUCCCGAAACUGGGAGGACAGCCCUGGAGAGCAGCCUCGAGGAGGAGGUGGGGGCCGUGGCCGGAGGGGCCGUGGCCGGGGAUCCCCUCACCUCUCUGGAGCUGGAGACGCCUCGACCUCUGACCGCAAAUCCAAGGAGUGGGAGGAGCGGCGCAGGCAGAACAUUGAGAAGAUGAACGAGGAGAUGGAGAAGAUUGCAGAGUAUGAGCGCAACCAGCGGGAAGGCGUUCUUGAGCCAAACCCUGUGCGGAACUUCCUGGACGACCCCCGGAGACGUGGUGGGCCUCUGGAGGAGCCUGAGCGGGACCGCCGGGAGGGCAGCCGCCGGCAUGGGCGCAACUGGGGUGGCCCUGACUUUGAGCGGGUGCGCUGUGGCCUCGAGCAUGAGCGGCAGGGUCGCAGGGCUGGCCUGGGUAGUGCUGGAGACAUGACGCUGUCCAUGACUGGCCGGGAGCGGUCAGAGUACCUGCGCUGGAAGCAGGAAAGGGACAAGAUCGACCAGGAGCGGCUACAGAGACACCGCAAACCUACUGGCCAGUGGCGGCGAGAGUGGGACGCUGAGAAGACAGAUGGCAUGUUCAAGGAUGGCCCCACCCCUGGCCAUGAGCCAUCUCACCGAUAUGAUGACCAGGCCUGGGCCCGACCCCCGAAGCCCCCAACUUUCGGGGAGUUCUUAUCCCAGCACAAAGCUGAAGUCAGCAACCGCAGGAGAAGGAAGAACAGCCGACCCCGGGCCAAGGCAGUCCCCCGUGCCUACAGUGACCAUGAUGACCGCUGGGAGAUGAAAGAGGAGGCAGUGUCCCCAGCCUCUGAGGCCCCACAGCCUACUUCCCCCAAUGAGAUGCCCACACAGCCACCUGAGACCCCCAUCCCUGCCCAUCGGCCUCCUGAGGAUGAAGGGGAGGAUGAUGAGGGGGAUGAUGAAGAGUGGGAGGAUGUGAGUGAGGAUGAGGAUGAGGAAGAUGAUGUUGAAGAGGAAGAAGAGGGUGAUGAAGAACCAGCCCAAGAUGACCAAUCCCAAGAGGCUGACCCCACCAGGGACCCUACCAGUGAGCAGGCCAACAGCGGGCCCUCCAGGCCCCAGGAGCCCCUGCCCCUUCCCCAGGCCCCUGCCACACCUUCCAGCCCCUUCUCACCACCUGGUGGCCACCAGCCUGUGUCUGACUGGGGUGAAGAGAUGGAGCUGAAUUCUCCCCGGACUGCCCACCCGGCUGGCGCCCUCUCAUCGGGUGAGGCCUGGCCUUUUGGGAAUGCAUGAAGCUGGCUGGCUGUGUGCACGUGUUCUAGGGGUGUGGCUGGUGGCGGAAGUGGGAGCUUGGGGGCUGGGCCCCACAACACUGGCAGCUGGGGAGGGCAGUUCAUGCCCUCUCAGUACUGUCAUGCCUCUAUCUCUGGAAUGCUCACUCCAGAGCUUGGCCCAGGCCAUUCAGAGCCCUCUCCCCAAUAAAAGAAUUCACAUCAUCAAA